AUGUCAACCAAGAAAACUGCCGAGCCACCGAGCUCACCAGGCUCUUCCCCCGCCUCAUCCCGCUCGUCGACCCCGGAACCCACCACCUCCAGCAAGAAGCGCAAGCCGACCACGGACCCAGAGGACGAGAUAGCAGUAGACCUGUCCGCUCCGGAACCCCCAAGCAAGCGCGCCCGCCGUGCCCUGAAGAAGGGCAAGCCGCUGCCCAAGCCCUCGUCCAAGAAGAAGCGGGACGACCGGGCAGACCUGGAGGCCGACGACGACGACGACGACGCGGCCAACCUCCCAGAACAGCUGAGAUCAUCGUCCGCGGGCGGCAAGAAGGAGCGCUCCAACUACGGAGUCUGGAUCGGCAACCUGCCAUUCACCGCCACCCGCGCCGACGUCUUCAAGUGGCUCGUCGAGAACUCGGGCGGCUCCAUCACCGAGGACGCCAUCACGCGGGUCAACCUGCCGCUUUCCAAGGACAAGAAGCCCGGUUCCGAGAGGCGGGACAACAAGGGCUUCGCCUACGUUGACUUUGCCGCCUACGACGCCUGUAUCGCUGCUAUCGCCCUGUCCGAGUCCGACUACGGCGGCCGCAAGCUACUGAUCAAGGACGCCAAGUCCUUCGAGGGCCGGCCCGCCCCUGCCGCCGCCGCCUCCGCCGGUGCAAGUGUCGACGAGACAAAGCCCGGCAAGGCGGGAGCUGCUGCGACCGUAGCUCUGACGCCCAGCACCAACACGAAAAAGAUCUACGUCGGCAACCUCCCCUACGACGCGACCGAGGAGACGCUCCGCUGGCAGUUUGAAAAGUGCGGUACCAUUGAGUGGGCUAAGGUCGCCACCUUUGAGGACUCGGGCAAAUGCAAGGGCUACGGCUGGGUGCGCUUCGCCGAGUCGGCCGCCUGCGACUGGGCCGUCAAAGGCUUUGUCAAGAUCAAGGAAGCCGUCGAGACCGAGGAGGACUUUAUGAGCGAUGACGAGGACGACAAGGCGGAGGAGGGGCCCAAAGACGACAAUGACAACGACGACGAGGAGGAUGAUGCAGCAAAGAAGACAAAGAGGCGGAAGCCGGCCGCCGGCCCGGAAAAGACAAAGACGCGCAAGUGGUGGGUCAACAAGCUCAAGGGCAGGCCACUCACUAUACAGCUUGCCGAAGAUGAUCAGACGAGGUAUAAGAAGCGCUUCGGCAAAGAUGCACCGAAGACUGCCCGGAAGGGAGCCGGAGGCAGAGGCCCACCGAGGAGUAAUGCAGAUUCUGCAGGAGGGGACAGCGCGGAGAAGAACAGCGCUGAAAAGAGCGCUGGAGCCUCACUUAGUUACCAUACCGACAUUAAUGUUGCCAGGCUCACUGGCGCAGCCGUCGCACCUCAGGGGAAAAAGGUCACGUUUGACUGA